AUGGCAGGGCACCACAAUCGCCAAAGAAGAGGCGGCGGCGGCAAUCAUCCUGCUGGCCGAAAUAAUCCUCACAACCGUCCACACCACCAUGGGCCUCCUCCUGCGCACGCAUCAGCCAUACCAGCAACAGAAGACCAAGGCCACAAAACGUCGCCUCAACAACAGCAACAUCAGCAACAACCGCCCACAGGACCAAGGGCAAUGCAAAUACCGAAUCCGCAUCCGUCUUUUAUUCAGGUUGCGAAGCCGUAUGUUUUUGAACAUACGAUCCAGGAAUGUCUAGCGGCGAUUGAAGUUGAUCCGCAACGCGAAGAUGAUAUUCGAAUUUCUGGCGUGACGUGGAUUGAUAAUGUUCGCAAAGCGCUUCGACUACCCGUGAGAACGUAUAAUACUGCUUGUGUGUACUAUCACAAGUUCAGACUUGUUCAUCCUGACAGCCAGUACAGUUAUAUGGAUGCUGCAGCGGCGGCUUUAUUCACCGCCUGUAAAAUUGAAGAUACUCUCAAAAAGAGUCGCGAUAUCGUAUGCGCCGCAUAUAAUCUGAAACUUCCUCCCUCAGAGCAAGUAUCUUCUGACGAUGCCAUAUUUGACCAACACUCCCGAGGAGUCAUCAUCCUCGAAAGACUAAUGCUAGAAGCAUCCGGCUUCGAUUUCCGCAACCGCCACCCUCAAAAACUGCUCGUCAAACUUCUCAAGCAAUACGGCUUGAAAAAAGAAGAUGAAGUCGGGAUGGUCGCUUACUGCGUCUCUCUCGAUUUGUAUCGCACAUUUGCGCCUUUGAAGCAGACCACGGGUACCAUGGCGUUUGCAUGUCUGGAACUGGCUUCACGUCUGCUUAAUGCUGGAUUAGAAGAUGUCGAAGCUGGAAAAGGAUAUGAGAGUUGGAAAGUGGGACGUGCUGAGGUGAUGGAAACACUGCUGGACUUGCUUGAUCUAUACAUUCAUCAUCGUUCGUCCACCGUCGUCGGUCCCGAGUACCCACUUGAAGCCUUUUUAGCAAUCCGCAUCCCGCUCAACAAGCAGAGCGAAGACGAAGGACUACCACGAUUCACCCACUGGCGAGAUACCAGACUCGCCACUGCCAACGCCAAAGCAACCAACGGCAUUGGUCCCAGUCCCGGCCCCAAACACGGCAAACAUAACAAAAACAAAGGCAAAGGCAAAGACCAGCGAGACCGAGAAUUCGAGAAUGCAGCAGCAGCGGCUGGUCCUCCGCCAAAUCCACUUACACCGGUAUCUGCGAAUGGCGAGAAACCGGGUCUGAGUGAUCGAGGCCGUGAUGGCACGGUACGGUUCAUGUUGGAUAUUAAACGCGCAGAGGCGGAGAAGAAGGUUGUUUCGAGCUAUUUCAGGGAUACUAUGGAGGAGGUUGAGGAGUGA